CCCCCGCGCCGCCGCUCCUGAUUGGCAGCCCGCGGUAGCCUGAGCGGGUCCGAGCGGCUGGGCAAGGCUGCGAGCCUCGCGUCCCUCCCUCCCUGGUCCAGCUCUGUCCGAACCCUCGCCACGCGCGCCAGUUCGGCCCCGAGCGCGCUUCAGAAAAAUCCUUCUGUACAGAAUGCAGACGUGGCUCUUUGGCGUGGUGGUCUGUGUGGUCCUUGGCUCGGUGCAUUCAGAGGAACACUCCUGGAGGAAGAGACAUGUGGAUCCGGAAGUGAACAUGAAUAUUAGUGAAAUUAUCUCCCACUGGGGCUUUCCCAGCGAGGAGUACGACGUAGUGACCGAUGAUGGCUACAUCCUGGGCGUUAACCGAAUCCCACACGGCAGGAAGAACGGAGGGGAGAAAGGACCCCGGCAGGCGGUGUUCCUACAGCACGGUCUGCUGGCCGACGGGAGCAACUGGGUCACGAAUCUGGACAACAGCAGCCUGGGCUUCAUCCUGGCCGACGCCGGCUACGACGUGUGGCUGGGGAACAGCCGGGGGAACACCUGGUCCCGCAGACAUAAGACGCUUUCUGUUUACCAGGACAAGUUCUGGGCUUUCAGCUUUGAUGAGAUGGCGACCCACGACCUGCCCGCCGUGGUCGACUUUAUCCUGAACAAGACCGGUCAAGAGCAGAUCUAUUAUGUUGGCCAUUCCCAAGGCACCACCAUCGCCUUCGUCGCCUUCUCCCGCCUGCCCCAGCUGGCCAAGAAGAUCAAGAUGUUUUUUGCGCUGGCUCCCGUGGCCACCGUCAAGUUCAGCACGAGCCCCAUGGCCAAGCUGGGAAACUUCCCAGAUCUGCUCUUCAAGGACAUAUUUGGGGUGAACGAGUUUCUGCCCCAGAACUGGGUUUUGAAGUGGCUGGGGACCCACGUGUGCUCACACACCCUCCUCAAGGAGCUCUGCGGGAACCUGCUCUUCGUCAUCUGCGGCUUCAAUGAGCGCAACCUCAACAUGUCCCGAGUGGACGUGUACAGCACGCACAAUCCGGCCGGGACGUCGGUGCAGAACAUGUUGCACUGGAGCCAGGCUGUCAAAUCCGGAGAGUUUAAAGCCUAUGACUGGGGAAGUCGAGAUAAGAAUUACUUUCAUUAUAAUCAGACUGAGCCUCCUUUCUACCAAAUUAAGGACAUGCUGGUUCCAACAGCCCUUUGGAGCGGGAGUCGGGACUCGCUGGCGGACCCCAAAGACAUGGGCCUCUUAGUGACUCAGAUCACCAAUCUCGUGUACCACAAGAAUAUUCCGGAGUACGAACAUUUGGAUUUCAUCUGGGGCCUGGACGCCCCUGUGAGGCUCUAUAAUGAGAUCCUGGACCUGAUGAAGAAGUAUGAAUGAGGUGCCCCGGGCAGUUGCUGUUCGGGCCCUUGGCUGAGGGCCCUGGCGGUCAUUUUGUUGUUCUCUCUAGUCGUUUUGCACUUUCCUAAAGCUUUUUGUACGAGCAGGUUAAAGGGCCCUUCUCUGCCUUGUUCUGUCUCUGGCCUAGCCCACACUUUGUCCCGGGCCUUUGGCCUUUGAGCUCUCCAGGGGUGGCAAGGCAAGGAAAGAUAGUCUGACUCGCAUCCCUCAGAGUCCGAGUAUCUGAGCUCCGGGGGGUUGAUUUCCCCCCAUUUUAAAGACGGGGAAGCUAUUAACCCAAAGCUCUUUUAGCAUUUUUAAAACUUCACAGGCUGUGGUGAAGAUUCCCAGAGCCCCCCACCUGGGUUGUUUAUCUAGACAGUUUAGAGGCUGUCACCGGGGACAGAUUCUGCCAGAUCUUGCCACCCUAAAGUCCUGGAUCUCUGAUGAGAGAUCCUUUAACACCGGAAAAACUGAGGGCGAGAGCCACAUUUUAUCCUCCCUUAUAUUUGUAAGGAGAGACGGCUCUUGUGUGCCCCCAAGCCUCGAUCUACUUCUCUGCACCCCCUGUUCCUGGUGCAGCCUCCGAGCCAAACAGAACAAAUUGUGGACUCUUUCAGUGGGAGGGCCUUCCAAAGCUUAGAUAGUCCUCUCCUUGUCUCCACCCUCCUGACCCCACAGCCCCCCACCCAACCAAGUCUUCCAUGGGUAACCAUCAGAUUUUUCAAGAGAGACGACAUGAGCCACGAAGCAGAGGGCUGGACUUCGGACUGGCUUCCACAGCCAUUGCUGAUUCUGGCUAGUUGUAUGAGCCUGGGCUUGCUGGGAUCACUUACCUGCUUUUUCUUUAAGUCAAUAGACCUGUAAACCUCUGUCUUUUGUUGGCUAUGUGACACAGGGCAAGCCUUGGGAUCUCAGUUUACUUAUCUCUCAAAUCAGGGAAGAGAUCUUGAAGGCCGCCUUACGUUCUAGCUCUGAUUCUGUUGGGUAACCAUCUCUCCUCCCCUUUUAAACAAACAAGCAGUGAGCUCCCCGGCUCCUAUUUCCUAACCAAGUGGGCAAGUGUCUGAGGAGCCUUGAAUGCCUGCACUAACUUAAAAGUGAUUUGCUUAAAUAGCUUGAAAACUGCUUGUACCUAAAACCCUAGAGUCUGAAGCUUUGGGGCUCUGCUGGUUAAGAGACCCAGAUGCUGUGAAGAAGGUGCCCCACAUUUCAAUGUUUUGGUGAAAGCCUGAGCAACACUCACCCCUACCUCAUUCCCCCACCUGCUCCCCAAGAAAGGAGCUCAGUGUAGCCUGGAAGCAGCCGCUGUUGGCUUUUGCUUUCUUUUUCCUUUCAAAAUGACCACGAGAAUUCAUCUCCUUAAACUCAGGGAGUCCUAGCCUUUGAAUCUUGUCAUUUUAGCGGUCUGGAUGCUUUGACUGUUUCUGAUUUCCACACAUUUGUGUCUUUGUGGGUAACCAGAGCAGGGGGUGUUGAUACUCCUGACAUAAUUUCCUCCUUGAAUUAGAGACUAGGCUAGAAUUUAGGGAUUCUGGGUUAUGUUGGGAGGACCCCCACAUGUGCAAAGGUUAUUUUGUUACUGGCAUGUUUCAAGUUGAAGAAUAUAUAUCCAAUAAAAUUGAAUGACCUAUACAGUCAUACAGAA